AUGCGGCUCAUAAAAAUUAAAUAUUUAUUUAUUAUUUUAUUAAUGCUCAUCAGGAAUGCCGUGAAGAGAAUUUUUCAAACUAUUUUCCAAAGUAGAUCAUUAUUUCUUCAGAUUAAAUAAUAAUAGGUUUAUACUCCAACCUUAACUAUGAUACCAUAAUAUGGAUUUUUUUUUAAUGGCAAACAUGAUAAGGAUGAAAAAUAAGCUGAAAUUGAUAAAUUGUAUGAUCAAAUGGAAGAUUGUGAAAACGAGCAUUAAUAAAUGGAUAUGUUAAGAAAAAUAAUAGGGAUCAGAGAGGAAAUGGAUUAAUCAGAAAAAAAAAAAUGCGUCUCUUUGUUAUUAGACAAAAUCGAGUAUGCACGAUUUUUAAUUGAAAAUUAAUAAAUGGAGGAUAAAUUGGUGUAGGAAGUACUUUCUGAAGACUUUUUGAAUGAUGUUCAUUAUAACAAUGUUGAUUUGUCUAAAUAUCCUAUUGAUUUUCACUAAUUUUUAUGGCACAAUUUGGCAAUAGGAGUUAUUCCUCUAAAAUAUGCUAAGCAAUACGACGAUGUAGAGUUUAGAGAAAUUGAAUAAUGGUUAAAAUAGUAUAAAGAAUCUGUGGUGUUUAUAAAAAAUUACCUCAAUAAUAAUUUCGAGGAGAUUGGAGAGAGCGAAGGAUACUUAACUAAAGAGUAAGGUUAGGCAUAAUAUUAAUACAACUUGGCAUUCUAUUAUGAAAUGAAAGCAAAAUUAUUGAUAGAAUAAGAAUAAAUAUAAUAAGGAAUAAAGCUUUACGAAACAGCCUUGAAGGAGACAGAAAAGUUUAUGGAGAUAGUUAAAUAAUUAUGCAAUCACGAAAAUCCUGAAGUAGCUAAUGAAGCAGAGAAACAAAAGGAAAAAGGAAUUGCUAAAUUUGCUUAGAUAUUUGAAGAUUUAGGAAGUGUUCAAAUGGAAAUCUAAGAGUUUACAGCAGCAAGACCUUAUUUUGAAAAAGCAAUAGAAUUAUACUUAUAAGUUUUUGGAAAACAUUCAAUCUAAUAUGCUUAAAGCUAUUGCUAAUUAGCUUCAACUUAUCAAUUGACUGAUUUAUCAAAAUGUGAAGAAAUGUUAAAAGAUUUUCACGAAUAUUUAGAGAGUUUCAAUUAAGAUACAAUAUAUUUGGAAGUUACAAUGAAUUAUUUUUGCAUUUUAGAAGGUUAAGAGAGAGGAACGAAAGAAUUAUUUAUUAAGAUUUAGGAAAUGAGAGACAAAUUUGAUAUUGAAAAUGAUUUAUUGAUUGUUGAAUAUGAUAUUUAAGCUAUUAAAUUCGUGAUCAGAAAUGGUUAAUUUUAGUAGAGUUUAUUUGAUUUUUUUGAGGAGUCUAUUUAAUUUUUGGAUUCAUUUGGUAAUCCGAAUGUUAAAGCUGAGAAAUUAUUGAUUUUAAGUGAAUUGGCUGAUAAAUUUGUAUUGCCUAACAACAUAAUGCAUGAAACUAUUUUGGAAUCAUUAUUGGAUGAGUUUGAUGAGGUUGGUUUUCUAGUAGAGAAUCAUUUAUUGCAAUACAAGAUUGAUCGACAGAAGGCAUUUCUUUAAUUUAGAAUAAGAGAAACACUUUUGAUCACUCCUGAGGAAAGUUUAGAAAGUUUCUUUGCAUUAUUUGCAAAUUGGAUUGAGAAGUAAGAAUUUCUUGAGAUGCUGUUUGAUGAUACAGAUGAGAUGAUUUAAUAGGUGUUGGAUCAAAAGAUGCUUACAUUAGCUCACAAAUUAUUGAAGAACAUUAUAGAGAUAAUGGAAGAAGUACAAGAGAGUCAAAAGAGUGAACACGUAGAGGAAGCUUUGAGUCAUUAUAAAGAGGAAGCAUAAAAUAUAUUUAAUUAGAUUACUGGGAAGUGA